AUGGUUCAGGGCAAACCGGAGUGGGAAGUGAAAGUGACAGGCCCAUGUUCCUGCGAGUCCCUCAAUAUAAAGUUGUCGUGCGCCGGUUUUCAAUCUGUCACAACCAUUGAUAGCAAAGUGUUGUCGAAAACUGGUGACGAGUGUCUCCUCAACGAUGGAGAACCUAUCGAUCAUGGAGAUUACGUUUUUAAAUACGUAUGGGACACUAGCUUCGACUUCGAGAUCACCGACGCCAAAAUCACCUGCUCUUGA